UGCGGGCGCGCGCGCUGAGGUGGAGAGAAGCGCCAAAUGUUUAUAUCAACUGAUGGUUUCGUACUGGUUGCAGUUGUUUGAGUUUGUUCGUUGGGCAGUCGAAAAGUUCAACGGUCGCACAGAUCUUCUGUUUCUCCGUGUGCAAGAGAUCUCGAAGAAGCCUCCGUGAGGGAGAUUGAGCGUACUGUGGUUAAAACAAUCUCACAAUGGCUAGCAGAGGUUUAAAAAGACCACGGGAUUAUGAUUCAAGUGAAAGCGACAGUUCUCAGUCACAGACAGUUUCAGAUGAAGACAUUAUAGAAAAGACCAAGCAGAUCUUGAAAGGGGUUGAAGAUGAAAUUCAUGGCAAAAGGAAGACAAGCAUAUCGAUGACAGGUGACUCUUUAACAGAGUACAUAAUUGAGAAGCUUUCAGAGCUUAGAAAAGUCAAGAAGAGGAAGGAAACCAUAGGGGUUUUUGGCAAAUCAGGGGCUGGAAAAAGCUCUCUAUUAAGUGCAAUACUGAAUAAAAAGGGUCUACUGCCAUCUGGUGAUCGUCAUGCCUGCACAGCAGUUAUUACUCAAGUGGAAGCGAAUAUGAGAGAUUGGAAUUACAAAGCAGAAAUUGAACUCUUCUCAAAAGAGGAAUGGAGUGAAGAGCUUGAAAACAUGUUGCAAGUUUUGUCAGAUAGAAGUGAAGAGCGUGAUGUUGACCUGAUUGAAAUUGCUAAAGAUAAGAUCAAAUGUUUGUUUGGAGAUGGUGCAGAAAAGAAAACACUGGAGGAGCUUAAGAAAGAUGAGAAAUUUGCUGAAGUUGACAAAUUGUUAUCCAAGACGAAGAAGUUAUUUUCAGGGGAUUUUUCUGCAAUUGCAAAAGACAUUAAACCUUACCUGACAAGCCGUGGAUCUGGAAUACGCUUUUGGCCGGUAGUGAAAUCUGUGACCAUCAAGGUACCAAAGUGUCAUGAUUUCCUGGAGAACAUUAUACUUGUUGAUCUUCCUGGAACCGGAGACUGCAAUAAGAUUCGGGAUAACCUGUGGAAAGAAAAAUUGAGCAGCUGCUCUGUUGUGUGGAUUGUGAGUGACAUCACUCGAGCUCUGAGUAACAAAGACGCCUGGGAAAUAUUGAAGUCCUGCAUUCAUGACAUCACAGGAGGGGGACAGUGUGAAAGAAUGGCUUUCAUUUGUACCAAGGCUGAAAUGAUUGAGAUCGAUGAACAAGAAGAAAGCUUUUCUGAACAUGAACAGCAGAUUCCAGAGGAUGAGAAUUUAAAAACAAGAAUUGCUAUCCUCAAGAGAAACGUCAUUACCAAGAAAGAAGUAAAAGAAAAGUUUGAAAAUUCAGAAUUCAAGAAUAAAUUUGAUGCUGAUGAAAACUUUCUACAAGUUUUCACUGUGAGCUCAAAGGAGUUCUUCAAUAAAAAACCGAUUCUGAACCAGAGAGACACAGAAAUACCGGAGCUUCUGGAUGUCCUGAGGAUGAUAAACAGAAGCUGCUCCAGGAGUUCAGUCAGAGAUUAUGUCAAUAAGGCAUUGGGAAUCUUGUAUUUGAUCCAGAGUUACCAACCGGAUAAAAAUCCAGAUUCUGAAAAAAUGGCUGAGACAAAAAACAAACUCCAAAAGGAAUUCCAAGAAAACCUAAACAAGGCACUGGCUGAUAUGUGUUCUCAUUUUGAUUACAUUUUUAGAAAAUUGGACUCCUGUCUCACAAAAGGAGUGGAUGAAUCAAUUAAACUGUGUUUAGACACUGCAUGUGAUGAAGUGAUAUCUCCUUCUAAUAAGAGUAACCAAUCAUACCAUAAAACCCUUGAAGCUCUCUGCAAACAUGGAGGAUCAUACCGCUCAAGAGUAAAUAAAGUAGAUCUGAACGAGUGUUUGGCCAAACACAUGUACAGCUGCAUUGACAAAGAUUUCAAUAAUUUUUUUCAAUCAGUGCUGGAACAAAUGAAUAAAUUCAGCAUCUUAAAAAGUGAUACUCCUAACCCAGGAAAAGACACUGCUGAAUAUUAUAUUCGGGAAUUCAUCAAAAGUGAGGAAGCCGAUCUGAAAGAAUACCUCAAGGAAAAAUCUGUCAAAAGAAAGAAGGAAAUGUACUCGUCAAUCAAAAGAGUCAUUCAGGAGGCUUUGGCCUCUUCCUAUGAUGAAGCAGCAAAGGAAAAGGGAAAAGGAUCCAUGAUUAGGAGACAGACAAUUCUGAAGGAAGCAAUCGAAUCAUUAAAACGAAAAAUGUUCAGGGAUGCAAAAAAGGAAAUGCUUGACAAGUUUGCUGAUUUACAGCGAGAAAUAAGGAAGACACUUGAGUCUGAAUCAGUGAAAUCAAUGGAACACUCACUUCAGAAGACCCAUGAAAACACUCUACCAGAUGUGUUCAAAGACAUAGAAGAGCUGAAGAGGCUUGAAGAGCGACUGUCUGAUGUCAUCGAAUCAGAUGAAGACAUCGACUCAGAUGAAGACAUCGACUCAGAUGAAGAUGAUUAAAUCAGCACUGUUAACAGAAAAUAUGUGGAGCAAACUACAAUAUAUGAUGAGACUAGAUAUUUUUAUUUUUGCUUCUUUUUUUUUUUUUUUAAAUGGCUUUUAGAGAACAUGGGGCAUUUUAGUGUAGAUCUUGGUUUAAUUCGACCCUAUAUUGGUCAUUGUUUUAGUACACAUCUCCAAUUGUGUAAUCCUUUUAGUUAACCUGGUUAAAUAUCACUUUCUCUAUUUUUAUUUUGUCAUGAGUUGUUAAAAUGUGGAUGAGUAGAUUUAAGUUCAUAUCAGUUUAAAAAGUGUGUCUUUAAGAUUUAAAGUUUGUUUUAAUAAUGACGACCGGAGACUGAUCAUUCGCCACUGACCACAUGAUAUUGAUGAAACGCCUAAUAUCAUCAGAAGAACUGCGACCCCGAAUAAACACCACCUGAUCUAAAUGUAUAAGAGAUGUCAUAACUUUACUUAAUCGAUUAGCCAACAUUCCUGAUAAUAUUUUGACAUCUAGCUGUAUCAGGGAAACUGGUCUGUAACUCUUACACUCGCUUGGAUCUUUGUCCUUUUUAAGAAUCAGACUGAUCCGGGCUUGUGUCAUGAUUGGUGGAAGCUUUCCAUUCUUUAAUGAAUCUGUGUAAACUUUUAACAAAAGUUGAGCCAGUUCUGUAGCAUAAGAUCUAAAAAACUCUAGAAACCCCGGAGCCUUGCCUGAAGAUAAGGCCUUAAUUACCUCGCCAAACUCCUCCAAGGUUAUCUCAGAAUCAAGAAAUUUUAAUAACUUUUUUGCCUUACUAUUUAAGCCAUCCAUCCAUCCAUCUUCAACCGCUUAUCCGAAGUCGGGUCGCGGGGGCAGCUGCUCCAGCAGGGGGCCCCAAACUUCCCUAUCCUGAGCCACAUUAACCAGCUCUGACUGGGGGACCACGAGGCGUUCCCAGGCCAGUGUGGAGAUGUAAUCUCUCCACCUAGUCCUGGGUCUUCCCCGAGGCCUCCUCCCAGCUGGACGUGCCUGAAACACCUCCCUAGGGAGGCGCCCAGGGGGCAUCCUUACCAGAUGCCCAAACCACCUCAACUGACUCCUUUCGAUUCAAAGGAGCAGCGGCUCUACUCCGAGCUCCUCACGGAUGACUGAGCUCCUCACCCUAUCUCUAAGGGAGAAGCCCGCCACCCUUCUGAGGAAGCCCAUUUCAGCCGCAUGUACUCGUGACCUAGUUCUUUCGGUCAUGACCCAGCCUUCAUGACCAUAGGUGAGGGUAGGAACAAAAAUUGACCGGUAGAUCGAGAGCUCUUUUUAACUAUUUAAGCCCCUCUUAUAAUCUUUAAAUGUGUCAUGGGGGCUUGGGUCAAAGACGCCACUGAAAUCCAAAAUGCGGGGGAGUUCUUCUGUGUUGUAAUUGUAACAUCUGAUAUUUUUCUUAAUAACCCGCUGUUUUAAAGAGACAGUGCGCACAAUGGAUCCAAGUAAAGUCCUUAACAGAUGUGUACACUGCAGGUCUGUGUUGCAACAGUUGAAGACGUUAGAAGAAAUGCGAGUCAAAUGUAGUGGUGGUGGUGUAGUGGACUAAAGCACAUAACUGGUAAUCAGGAGGUUGCUGGUUCGAUCCCCACAGUCACCACCAUUUGUGUCCUUGAGUAAGACACUUAACUCCAGGUUGCUCUGGGGGGAUCACUCUGGCGUUUUGAUCAUUCAUGAGUAUUGUGCUAGUGGUGUAAUAGGUUAUUAUUGACGCCGCUUAGAUUUUGAGGUGCCUGUGGCAAUGUUUAGAAUUUAAUUGUGAUUUUAUGAUUGUUAUCUUAUCCUAUGUACAGCACUGUGGUCAACUUCUGUUGUAUUAAUAUGUGCUUUAUAAAUAAAUUGAACAUUGAACAUUGAACAUUGAUUGUCCCUGUAAUAAGUGCACUGUAAGUCACUUUUGAUAAAAGCAUCUGCCAAAUGCAUAAAUGUAAAUGUUGGAUCACCAUAAUUAGGAACCACAGUAUCCAUGUAUUCCUUCACUCGAUUGGGAUGCCCUCUGCUAUUCUGGACGGCAAAGGCAGUGACUGUAACAUCGGGUGUAUUUUGUAGUAUUAAACGCAUAUUUAAACCGAUUUCAUCAGGCUCCGAAAAUUCUUUGUAAAGAACGCAAAGAAUGGCCUUCUCAGCUGCCAUAGUUGCAACGCUUGCGUAACACAACAGGGUUUUGCUGCAUUUUGUCUGGGAAGAACGUGCCCCCGGUUUCAUCUUAUCUUAUUAUCAGUUCUGUUGUAUCAUUGGUUCUUGCUUAUUAAUCUUGUUAGCAUGUUCAUCAGUUUAAUCUCGUCAUUGGUUGUCUAUGUCAUGUGGUUACCCAUGUCCAUGUAUUGAAGCCCACAUGUUUGCAUUGUCCUUUGCCAAGUAUUGUGGUUGUGUAACGCUCUGUAGCUCUUGUUCACGGUCUGUUAUUCUUCAUAUUCUUCAUGUAAAGAAAUUAACUGUAAUUUUUGAAACAUUGUAUAAAAUCAUGAGCACUCACAUGGUUUGAAAUCUCCAGUCAAAUCAGUAACAUUAAAAAACCACAUGUAU